AUGACAGAACCCCCAAGAAAGCGUCGGAAUAUUGAAGGCUUGCGAAAUAAGGGGAAUUUUUUUGAGUUUUUGCCUAUUGAAAUAAUUCAUUACAUCAUUUCAUUUUUUUCGAUUCCUGAUUGCUUGGAGCUUCUAAGAUCCAUCUCAAAGGCAUCUACAUUUGGAGGACUAAUUUAUCGAUCUAUAUAUGAACGUACAGUGAUUUUUAGCAAUAUUCUGCUAAGGAGUUUUAAUAAUGGAUCAUUUAGGUUGGGUAAAGCAGUAGACUAUCAAGAAUUAAAAGGAAUUAUUGAUCGAGAGAUAUCAUUUGUUUUGCCAGAAAGGUUUGUGUUUUCUUACACACUUUCCCAUGAAGAAACCAAGAGUGAUGAGAAGUUUUUUCAGUUUUUUUUAGAUCAAUUUUUGAGGUCAGAAAGAUAUUUCAAAUUGGCUUCAAAAUUUGAAUUGAUAGUAGAUCUUUUUAAUAAGCAAAAGGAGGUUAAUGACUCUAAUAAUUACGAAAUAAAGUUUUUGAAGAAUUUCUUGGAAUCUGAUAAAUUAGUCAAUAAUUUGGUCAAUUUGCAUUUAUCUAGAUUUCAAAACCUCAGGAAUACAGAUAUAAUUGAAGUUGUGAAAAGAAACAUAUUCCGCUUCCACGCUUUACAAACUUUUACGUUGAAUGGUCACAAUUUAGAGUCUUUUCAAGGUUUUAAAUUGCCAAGUCUGCUAAAGAUAUUGAACUUAAUAAACGAUAAAAUUAAAAUGCUACCGUGUCAAGAAGAUUUUUUACCUGAAGGUUUGCUUUGCUUGAACCUAUCAUGUAACGAUCUUGAAGAUUUAAAGGAUAUUUAUUUCCCAGAGUCUUUAGAGUAUUUAGACCUUCAACUUAACUCUUUGUUGACUUUAAAGGGAAUGAGCUUCCCCGAAAGUUUGAAAUUCUUAAAUCUUAGCGGGAACGAAAUUAUGAUCGAUGAAGCUGAUACCGUAAUACUACCUCCGAAUUUAAAGGUUUUGAAUUUGUUGCGAAAUUCAAGUCUUCAUGAGAAUUUCCAAAAUAUAGUGCUACCUGAUUCUUUAUUGAGAUUAUAUUUGGAUUCACUGUUGAAAGAUUUUGUUCCCAUUGAUUAUAGGACUCAAGAUAUAAUAAUGUAUGCAUAA